AUGGAGUAUCUAAAGUUGAAAGAUUUGGAAGAAGAUAAUGAAUGUUGGGCUAUUAAGCUAAGAGUUUGCCGGUUGUGGGAGUCUUUGAAUUCAAAAAAAAAUGGAGAACUAAUCAGCUUGGAUAUGGUCUUCAUUGAUGAAAUGGGAACCCUAAUGGCUACAACAAUUCGGAGGAAUUUGGUGUCAAAGUUCAAGCAUUUGUUGAAGGAGGGUUUGGUGUAUACUGUUAAAAACUUUAAGGUGGUUGUGAAUUCUGGAGCUUAUAGGGUUGUUAAUUCGAAGUUCAAGAUCACGUACAAGCUGCAUUUUGUUGUUAAAGACGAUACCGAUUACAACAUUAAACGGGGGAGUGACAAGUUUUUGGUUCAUAAUGUGUUUGAACCAAAUGAAAAUAUGGAGAAAUCAUAUUUGUCUACUGGCAGAGGAAAGAAAACAUAUGCGACCGCAAGUGGAACCACCAGCAAAGGAGUUUCAACAAAGAAUGAUGCUUCGUUGCUUGAUGAGUUGGAUGAUGAAAUUGAAGAUCAACAGUCUUCGGUCAGUAUCUCCGCCACAAAACGAAGAAAGAUUAUCAUUGAUGAUGAAAAUGAGUCGAGUGGCGGUGCGACAUCUUGA